GUGGGUGUAGUUUUCAGUCCGUCUGGUGCUUCGGAGAUAUGACUGAAUUCUUUCGCCGAGUGCCGUGAUUCUUUUUACCUUGGCCCCGUACAUUUUUAUGGUUCUUGAUGCUGCUUGAUGCGCAGUAAUGUGACCGCGCACAGUAAUGGCGCCGGUGUCGCGGGUGCUGUGUGUUUGCGGCGGUUGGAUGUUCGGUGUCGUAAUUGGUUAAGUUCCAAGCUAUGGUUGAAAAGUUUUGAAGUUAGGCACUGAUCGACAAGAGUUCAAGGGAAUGGCUGGCUCCGAGGACCUGAGCAAGCCACGCUUGAAGAACCGUGCCCAGCAUACAGGCCAAUAUACAGGCACCAGUCAGAUCAAGAGAUGCUCAGUGGUGCUCACACCAUUGCCAGCGUCCAUGUGUCUAAAGGAGACUGCAUCAUGGAGAAGCUGUGCUGCCCACUGUCUAAAUGCCCAAGAAGCAACACAUCUUUGUGAUCGCCCACCUUCACCACCAUAUGACUUUCCAGGAUUCAAAAGCCAGGAAAUCUUUAAACCAUAUGAAGUGCUGACUGGGAGUUACCAGUCACUGCCGCAUGGUGGAGAUGCUGAGACCAGGGAUACUACGGAUACUACGCAGUUCAUGUGUGGUUUCGCAAUGUCAACAAUCCACAGACCAUCAAUUAUGGGUCCUGAUGUCACACCUGAUGUCAAGCCAGAUCUGCUGACAUUGUCACCUUCACAAGUGGAUGUCUUGAGUGCUGUCGGUGGCUCAACUGAGGUAUUACCUGAUCCUUUGGCAUUGUCGGCUUCAGAUGAGGAUUUACUGAAGGCAGCUGAUGGCUUCCCAUCUCGCACGGCAGACGCUGUUCUCUUGCGCUGUGAAUACUGCAAAUUCGAACGUUCCGAUCAAAAUGGUGUCUCAGAGCAAGUAAAAUGCCAACACCAAGACACGCUUCGCCCGGCCUUUCGGGAUGAACGAAUCGUUUCAAACAAACACUGCGCUCAGAGCCAGUCUGACCGCUCGAUGAAGUCAACAUUUUGCGACACUUUGUUCGAGCGAAGCGAUACCCUCGCGUUGCAUGAUCGGAUUCACACAGGCCAAAAGCCGACUGAUCACGGUAACCACGCCGACAGCAAGCCGCUCAGGCGUGAAGUCGGUGAGAAGUUACUGAGAUGCCGUCGUGGUUUGACCAAACGUAGUCGGACGCACACUGAUGAGAAGCUUUUCAGUUGUGAGAUCUGUGAGAAGGCGUUCAGUGGACAUGACAACCUCACUAACCACCUCCGGACUCACACAGGUGAAAAACCGUUCAGUUGUGAGGUCUGUGGGGAGGCGUUCAUUUACCAUUCGGUGCUUACUCGCCACCUCCUGACUCACACAGGCGAAAAGCCGUUUAGUUGUGAAGUCUGUGGGAAAGCGUUCAGUCAACAUGGGAGCCUUACUCGCCACCUCCGUACUCACACAGACGAAAAACUGUUAAGUUGUGAGGUUUGUGGGAAGGCGUUCAUGCGAUAUGACAGCUUAACUAAUCACCUUUGGACUCACACAGAUGAAAAACCGUUAUGUUGUGAAGUAUGUGGGAAGGCCUUCAGUCAACAAAGGAACCUUAUUUGCCACCUCCGGAUGCAUACAGGUGACAAACCGUUUAGUUGUGAGAUCUGUGGGAAGGCGUUUAGUCAACGUGGGAACCUUACUGACCACCUCCGUACUCACACAGAUGAAAAACCGUUCAGUUGUGAGGUCUGUGGUAAGGCGUUCAGUUACCAUUCGGUGCUUACUCGCCACCUCCUCACUCACACAGGCGAAAAGCCGUUUAGUUGUGAAGUCUGUGGGACAGCGUUCAGUCAACAUGGGAGCCUCACUCGCCACCUCCGUACUCACACAGGUGAAACACCAUUUAAUUGCGAGGUCUGGGAAAGCGUUCAAUGAACGUUGGGACCUUACUGACCACCUCCGGACUCAC